AUGGCAUCUCAAGACCACCAUGGUAUCAAAAAAGUAAUAGUAAUAGGCACAGGCCCAACAGGCCUCCUCCUCUCCCUCCUCCUCGCCCGCCACUCCAUCCCCGUCCUCCUCCUCGACAAAUCCGCCUCCCUCGACACCCAGCCCCGCGCAACCCACUACGCCGCCCCCGCCAACCGCGUCCUCUCCCGCGCGAACCUCCUCGCCCGCGUCAGGCAGCACGGCAUCGAAGUAGGCGGCGCCCGCUGGCGCAAACCAGACGGCACCGUCCUCGCCAAGAUCGAGAACAGCAGGCUCGGCGCGGAGAACCCGGACCGGAUCUCGUGUCUGCCGUUGAACGCGCUGUGUAAGAUGGCGCUGGGGGAUCUCGAAAAGGAGCCGGCGGCGGAGGUGAGGUGGGGGUGCGAGGUUGAGGGGAUCCGGGAGGAGGAGAGCCGGGGGAGGGCGGUGGUUGUUGUGAAGACGGAGGAGGGGGCCGAGGAGCUGGAGGCUGAUUAUGUUGUUGGGUGCGAUGGUGCGAACAGCAUUAUCCGGAGACGGCUGUUUGGGGACGAGUUCCCUGGGUAUACGUGGGACUUGCAAAUUAUUGCCACAAACGUGAGUGAAAACUCCAUUUCCUUCCCCACAGAGAGGCCAGCGGCAGAAAGGCAAACAGCCCCAGAAGCGAAUAGGAUGCUAAACACACAGAAACAAAAGGUCUACUACGACUUUGAAAAGUACGGCUGGAGAGACUCCAACUUUGUCAUCCACCCAACGGACUACUUCAUGGCCGCCAAGAUCCAAGACGACGGCCUCUGGCGCGUCAGCUACGGCGAGGUCCCCGGCCUCAGCCACGACGAGUACCGCGCCCGCCAGCCCGCGAAAUACGAAACCAUGCUGCCCGGGAACCCAAAGGCCGACGACUACCGGAUCGUCAACUUUAGCCCCUACAAGGUACACCAGCGUCUCGCGCCGCGGAUGCGCGUGGGGAGGUUCAUCUUGGCCGGGGAUGCUGCGCACCUGUGUAACCCGUUCGGCGGCAUGGGCCUCACGGGUGGCAUCGUCGACGUAGGCGACCUCUUCGACUGUCUAGCAGGCAUCCACGACGGCCGAGCCGACGACGACAUACUCGACAAGUACGACCGCUACCGACGAGAAAAGUUCAACCAGUUCACGAAUCCGGUCUCCGAGGCGAACCUCAAGAGGAUGGCCUCGGACCCGGACAAGGUCGAGGCCAACGACCCAGGGAUUGUCGCCAUGCGUGAGGCGGACAAGGCUGACGAGGCUGCCGUCACGUUCCAACUGGGUAUACUGGGGCUUGCCCAUGAUAUGACGCAGUAUUAUAAGAAAUAG